AACUGAGUCAAUGACAAAGAGCUUGAAUGCUUACAUAAUAAAGUUAUCUAGCGACACCCAUGCAGCGUGCAACGAAAUCAGCUUCUCGACUGCUGUUUAGCUGCCAGCAGCACUGCCUUACCAAGCGGCUAUUCGCGACAGCUGCUGCUGUCGUAGAACCAGCCUGUUCUCCCGUGUCUGUAUCUGACCCGGGUUCGAUUGCAACCACCACCGCAAUUUGCCGAAACAGCAGCGGUCAUCGCGCGACUGUCCUAGAUGGCCGUGCUGUUGCUGCUGCUUGGGAGAAGGAGCUGGCGAACGAUGUCCAGUUGCUGACGAAGCUGCUGGGUCGGCCACCGGGUCUGGGUGUGGUGCUGGUGGGCAGCCGACCGGACUCCAUUCUGUACGUGACCAAGAAGCAGGAGGCAUGCCAAAAGGCCGGCGUCCGUACAUUCAUACGGCAACUGCCCGAGUCCGUGACUCAGGCGCAGCUGGAAGCAGCGGUGGCCGCCACCUGCGGUGACCCACGGGUCGAUGGCGUGCUCAUUCAGCUGCCCCUGCCGCGCCACCUAAGCGAGGAGGCGGUGAUGGAAGUACUAGAGCCGCGGAAGGACGUGGACGGCUUUCAUCCCCUCAACAUGGGUCGCAUGCUGAUGCGGGGUCGUGGUGUGCGGCUGGUGCCCGCCACCCCCCUGGGCUGCAUCGAGCUGCUGCGGAGGAGCGGUGUGGACGUGCAGGGCAAGACGUGUGUGGUGCUGGGCGACAGCAACAUCGUGGGCACCCCGCUGGCGGCCAUGCUGCGGGACCGGGGGGCGGCGGCGGUGACCAUCUGCCACCGCAGGAGCUACCGGGACUGGUUUGUCGACCAGCAGGAGGUGCGGCGCAAGCGGGCAGCCGCCGCCGCAUGCCUGCCGCCCCUGCCCGGCCCCUCACCCAGACCGCCGCAGCCGUUCCCGUCCACUCCCGCAGCACCAUCAUCAUCAUCAUCAGCAGCAGCAGCCGCAUCAGCAGCAGCCACAACCCCCGAAGAGCCCACAUGUCAGCAGGAGCACCCACAGCCGCUACAGCAUCAACAGCAGCAUGCCAGCACGGGAGGAAGAGUGCAUGGUAGCUCACCAGCUUGCGACUCCUCCCCUCAAUGCAGCCCGUCCUCCUCCUCCCCCACCCUUCUGUCCUCCUCCUCCUCCCCGCCCGUCUGCCCCGCCAGCUUCCAGUCCUACCAGCUCCCCGACCUCACACGCAGUGCGGACAUACUGGUGGUGGCAGUGGGCCACCCGGAGCUGGUCCGCGGCGACUGGGUGCGCCCGGGUGCCGUGGUGAUCGAUGUGGGCAUCAACGUGGUGGGAGCACUGCCGCGCAACUCACAAGCGACCAGCACCCACACCAGCAGCACCAGCAGUGCGACCAGCACUAGCGGUACGAGCAGCACUAGCAGUACGAUCAGCAGCACCACCGCCAACACUACUUCGAACAGCGGUCAGCAGCAGCAACAACAACAACAGAAUGAGAUGGAGGAGAUGCAGCAACAGAGAAGACAUCAGGACGACGCGGCGAUGCAUCAGCCGGCGCCGCUGCGGGAGGUGCGAUGUACGCCGUGUUCAGACAGCGGCGUGGAGAGCUCAGACGGAAAAGCAGGCGGGGCUGCAGCUGCUGCCUUACUUGGGUCUUGUACGACAAGCAGCAGCGGGAUGACUUGCGACAGUAGCAGCAGCGGGGGUUGCAGUGGCAAUCAGGGGGAGUUUGGCAGCGGCGGUGGCAGUGAGAGCGGCAGCAGCAGCAGCGCGGGCGACGACGGCAGCUCGUUAUGUAACCGAAACCUGACCUUCCAUGUGGUCGGCGACGUGGCCUUUGAAGAGGUGUCGCAGGUGGCGGGCGCCAUCACCCCAGUUCCCGGCGGUGUGGGCCCUAUGACCAUCGCCGCACUGCUGCACAACACGCUGAAGGCCGCAAAGUACCGAGUUGGGCUGGAGACGUGGUGAUGUGUUGUGGUGGGGGCUGAAGAGGUGUGGUGUGGGUCGGGACGGUGACGUGGUCGUGAGGGGGAGGGCUUGAGAGGCGCUCCGCAGGACAGGGCGUCGUUGGUCGGAGGUGGUAGCCAGUGGGCUGCGCGAGGGAAGGGUCGGCUUGUGUUGGAUGCGGAUGCGGGCCUGUUGAGGUAUCAGACUGGGGUUUAGUUUGGUUAUUAGGUUAGGUAGGUAACGGAGCCGGAAGCAGGGCCGCGGAAGAAAGAGCAGUGGUGAAGGGAAAGAUAGCGGCGACACGCAUAUUGCGUGGAAUUGCUUGCAAGGGGGCAUAGGCGGAUAAGGUGGGUAGUGAUGCUUUUGACAAGGCGAGGCUGUUGCGCGCGCUCGGGUUUUUAGGUAAUGUGCAUGAUAGGGCAACUUCGUUUUCCAGGUUACCUUGUACACUACAAGUUGAUAGGCAGGGUGCGCGAUAGGCGGGCGUGCGUAGACGCAGUCUGGCAGCUGCCACAGCUGCCAUCUUGCAGCAGGAUCACAGGUCCCCUUACCUCCAGUCUUUGAUCGGAGGUGCUUGAUUACCUUGCGUUGCGUUGCGGGCGGUAGUAGCGGCGGGGUUCCCAGUAGGCCAGUAAGCGCUAGUAAAGCACGUUGCGCUAGUAAAGCACGUUGCGCUAGUAAAGCACGUUGCGCCGUGUAUUUGUUUGAGCAGGUUGAGCCCGAUACACUGCCGAUGAGGCCUUUAGUUUAGCAGGAGGCUGUCAUUACGUUCAGGCACUGUGCGAUCGCGCCUUUGCAUCGAGCUUUUUGAACGAACUGCCGUACUUGGAAUCCAUGCAUGGCGCAUUUGUGGCUGCAGGACAGGGAUUUGUGGCGC